AUGGCCCUCGAAACCUGGCUCAUCAAGGUCAAAACGGCGCUGUCGCACAGCCUCACGAAGAAACCGUCGUUUUCUUCGUCGAAGCCAAAGCACGUCUCGGUUUUGUCCUUCGAGAUCGCGAACGUGAUGUCGAAGCUCCUCCACCUCUGGCAGUCCCUCUCCGACACCAACGUCAUUCGCCUCCGGAACGACGCCAUCGCGCUCGAAGGCGUGCGCAAGCUCAUCUCAAACAACGAGUCUUUUCUUCUAAGCCUCGCCGUGGCCGAGUUCGCCGACUCGCUCAGACUCGUUGCCAACUCGGUCUCCCGACUCAGCAACUACUGCCACGAACCUUCUCUCCGAUCCUUCCACCGAAUCUUCACCGAGUUCGCGAACUCGGGCCUCGACCCGCGCGCGUGGACCCUCACCACCCCGAAAGACAUCGAAACCAAACACAGAAAAUUGCAACAUUACGUGACUCUCACGGCAACACUCCACAAAGAAAUCGACGCUCUCACGCUCGUCGAAGGCGCGUUUAAAAAAGCGCUUCUCAACGCUGACAACGCCGCCACCGAACACUCCUCUCACAAAAAACUAAGCGAUCUUCAGCAGAAGAUUUUCUGGCAGAAGCAAGAGGUGAAGAACUUGAAGGAACGGUCGUUAUGGAACAAAAACUUCGAUGGGGUUGUUUUGUUGUUAGCAAGGUUCGUUUUCACCGUGUUAGCGCGGAUUAAAGUUGUUUUCGGAAUCGGCCAUAGUAGUAGUGUUCCCUUUUUGUCACGUAGUUUGUCUUCCAUUUAUCCUUCCGAUCACCAAAACCCUAUUUCUUCUUGCUCCUUUGUAUCUGGGCCGUUGAGAAGCUCAAAACUUGACGACGAAAAUGAAAAUUUGGGAAAUGGGUUUUUCGAGUCUAAUUGCAAGGUGUUGAAGUUGAAGGGUGACGGUGACGGUGAUACUUUGGGUGCUUCAGCUUUGGCCUUGCACUAUGCAAACUUGGUGAUGGUGUUGGAGAAGAUGAUAAAGUCACCCCAGUUGGUUGGGGUGGAUGCCAGGGAUGAUUUGUAUGGGAUGUUACCAAGUAGCAUAAGGUCAUCUUUGAGGGCAAGAUUGAGAGGGGUGGGGUUUUCUGCAUGUGAUGAUCACGUGCUCGCCGGAGAAUGGAGGGAUGCAUUGGGGAGGAUUCUGGGGUGGCUGGCACCAUUGGCACAUAACAUGGUAAAGUGGCACAGCGAAAGAAGCUAUGAGCAGCAGAACUUAGUACCAAAAACCAAUGUGUUGUUGUUGCAGACUUUGUUCUUUGCAAACAAAGAGAAGACAGAAGCUGCCAUCACUGAGCUGCUUGUGGGGUUGAACUAUGUUUGGAGGUUUGAGAGGGAAAUGACAGCUAAGGCAUUGUUUGAAUGUACCAAAUUUAAUAAUGGCUUCUUAAGCUUGCACAAGCCCAGCUAA